AUGCCUCAACAACCAAUGUCAGACGAUGGCGUCCCAGGAGAUUUCGAACACCCCAAUCAGGAUCUCCGCCGGUCCGUCAUUAUCACGCUUUACUUUGCCUUUAUCCUGUCCACAACUGCUGUCGCUCUCCGGCUUCUAGCGAGGAAGUUAAAUGGCACCCGCCUCUACUUGGAUGAUUAUCUGAUUAUAAUCGCUCUUGUGGCCUUGAUGCCGUCCUUUCAUCCCCAUGCACGAGUUCAGGUAGCUAAUCUGAUGCCAGUGCUUUUCAACGGGCUGGGCUCCCACAUCACGAUGAUUCCCGAGAAGAAUCUCACAAUCUAUCUGAAGAUUGGAUGGUCCAAUUCCUUGGUGUAUUCCAGCUGCAUUGCCUUUGUUAAAUUCUCUGUCCUCGCCCUUUAUAAGCGCUUAUUCUCCACUCCGCGGAUGAUUUUCGCCGCCAAUAUCGUCGCCGGAUUUGUCAUCCUGUGGUGGCUGAGCGUUUGUGUGGUGGGGAUCUUGCUCUGCCUUCCAGUCAACAAGUUUUGGGAUCCAACGGUGCCCGGAUCCUGCCUCGACUCCGCCCAAUAUUACUAUGGCCAGCAAAUUCCCAACAUCUUGACCGAUGCGGUUCUUCUCGUCAUGCCGUUGAAAUUCGUCUGGGCACUGCCGAUCUCCAAAACCCAGAGACUGCUGCUCUCCGGGGUGUUUGUUACUGGCGGCUUAACCCUGAUAUUCGACAUCGUCCGGCUCGUAGCAAUGAUAAACCUCACACGUUCUGGGCCUGACGUUACCUAUAACCAAACCCCCGUCGUGGUAUAUACAUGCGUCGAAGCCACAGUUGGAAUUAUCGCCGCCUGCCUCCCGAACCUACGACCCCUCCUGAAACUCAGUCGGGGUAGCUUCUGGUCUCAGAUACGAUCUGGAACGGGACAGUCCAAGCAACCUCUCAACCCGGCGCAGGACCUGUCUAUGGAAGAGAGCAAUUAUGACCCUUACUUUACCCAGACGAACAUCUAUGCGAGACAUAGUGUUUCCAUUCAGUAUAGCAAGCCCUGA